ACCCACACCGGAGAGGAGAAAUUACACAAUUUCACAUCAUUCUGUCUCUCGCCGUGAAUCGUAGAAAACGGAAUCAAAGAUGGGAAAGGAUCGAAAUGGUUCCCGAAGCUCUAAUGAUGAAGAAACCGAAACAGCAUCUUACAGAAAAUCGAAAUCUAGAGCCGGUGGCGGUGACGAUUCCGAUUCUGAACCCCAAAGCGCAGGGAAGAAGCAGAAAGAAGGGAAAAGUGAUAAAGAGAGAAGGCGAAAAUCAAGGAAACGAUACAGCAGCAGCGAGGAUGAAGAUUCGUAUUCGGAUUCGGAAUCGGAGUAUUCAGAUUCGGAGGAGAGUGGUAGUGAUGAAAGCGUGAGCGAGAGCGAGAGUGAGGAUGAGAGGAGGAGGAAGAGGAAGAGAAGAGAGAGGGAGGACAGAGAGAGAAAAAGGAGGAAGGAGAAGGAAAGGAAGCGGAAAAGGAAGGAAAAGGAGAGGGAGGAGGAAAGGAAGAGAAAGAAGAGGAAAGAGAAGGAGAGGAAAGAAAGGAAGAAGCAGAAGAAGAAGGAGAAGUUAGAAAGAGGGAAGACAGGAGCUGUCACUAAUUCUUGGGGCAAGUAUGGUGUCAUUAGAGAAACUGACAUGUGGAAUAAGCGCCCGGAGUUCACUGCAUGGUUGGCAGAAAUAAAGCAGAUAAAUCUGGAGAGCCUUCCAAACUGGGAAGAGAAGCAGUUGUUCAAAGAAUUUAUGGAGGAUCACAACACAGCUACAUUUCCUUCCAAGAAGUAUUAUAACCUUGAUGCUUAUUACAAGCAUAAAAUGGAAAAGGAGAAGAAGAAGGGUGUCAAAAAGGUUCUGGAAACAGAGCGAACUGUUUUCAAUGAUGAAGAACAGCGUCGGCAAGAACUGUUGCAAGAACGUGAGAGGCAAAAGGAAGAAGAGGUUGUAUCCUUGAAGCGUGCUAUGCAGAGUGGAAUGGCACAAGCAAUGAAAGAGCAAGCUCAGCUAAGGGAAGAGAUGGCUUACCAGUACAAGCUUGGCAACUUUGAGGCUGCAGCUGCCAUCCAGAGAAGGUUAGACCCAGAUGUUGCUAUGUAAGAUGGAAACUAAUUUUGAUUGCUCCUGGUUUUUGUCGUACUCUAUUGUCCACAUUGGGAAUUUGUUAUUGGUCACAACCCCCUGCCUGGAGACUUGAGAUUCUCAAGCCAAGAGAGAGCCUUCCUCAGAUGUUGAUGCAUUCUUAAUCUAGUUCACUAGGUUAGGAGUUCUGAGCCUAGGCGUCUGCUUUUCCUUUUUAUUUUUUAUCCAUAGGAAUGGUGAAUUUUAUCGCAUCCGUAUUACAGUAGAUAUUAAUGGUAGUCGUAGAUACUCCUACUCAUGCAAGGAGAUUUUGAUUCCAUCUAAUGCUGAAUUUUGAAAAAAGAAAAAGGCUAAAGUUGAAUGUUAGAAAAGAAGGGUUGUUGAGACUUGAGAGCAUCGUCUUUUCCACACAGGUACAAUUUGUCAUGUGCUUUUUGGCUGUUGGAACUUGGAAUAAAGUCUGGGGAGUAAAUAUGUCUCGCAGGUGUGGAUGCGGAGCCUUUGAAUGUAGUAUUAUUAAUCAAUUUAGACAAUCACA